GGUCUUUGAUCAAAUGAACCGAUUGAGUUCCAAAACUAUAAUGAACUGACAACUGAUGAACCCUAACAACGAAAUUGCGAAGAAAAAAUUCCACAGCUUCUUCUCUCCGCACAGUUACUUCUUCUCGUACGCCUGAUUCUCUUGAUGCUCAAGGUACAAAGGUUAGAAAGGUGACUGGUGCUCUCUAAUGUCAUUAGGGAGAUUUUAUUUCAAAUAGCUUUUAACACAAGGGAGCACAAUGUUGGAUGAUGCAUCCUUUUAACAGGUUUUCAAGUACCCAUAAGAAGAUGCUUCUACCCUUGCUCAGGAAGAUAUGAAUUUUCCAUUUGAUUUAACAAGAAAGAGAAAGUUUACGACAUAUCAGCAUGACUUUUCUAGGGAGUUAAGCCUGAUAAAUAGUCAUGGAAAUUCUCUUCCUCGGUCUGUGGAUACAGUUUCUUUCAGUUCAACAUCUGAAAGUUUAGGACCCUUACAAGUUUUGCACCAAAAUAAUGCUAGCCAUAAUGGGCUUGGGGGACAUUUACAUGAGAAAUCAUGUCAUGGGGAGAAGAACGGUUCAAAUGCCAUAAAAAUUGUUGAUGCCUCAACUGUUGGCACAACUUUAUCUGCGACUUCAUCUUGCAUUGAACAGAAUGAGAAUGAUAGGCCAUCAAACAAUGAUGUACAUUCUAACAAUGGUUCUUUAGUUACUGGAUUCAUAGAUAAUGUUGGAGUAAAUUAUCGAGGUCAAGGAGUUGUCAGUGUCCCAAUUAUGAAGAAAACAGGAGCAGAUAUGGACAAGUCCAGGCAUUCAUUGGAAGAGAUGAUUUCUCAAAGAAAUGAAAAUAAUUCUGCUAAUAAUGUUCUUAAGGAUGGUAAGGGAAAUGAAAUAAAUGGCAUAGGUGUUGUGUCUUCUGAAUCACUAGAUGGGAAAAGCAAAUCGCAUGCCAGAAAAUUAGCUCCAAUAGUUGCUGAGAAGGUCUGGGAUGGAUCCCUUCAGCUAAAUUCCUCUGUAACUGUGUCAGCUAUAGCCUCCUUUAAAAGUGGAGAGAAGAUGCCUGCUUGCAAGUGGCCUAAUGUUGUAGAAGUCAAAGGGAAAGUUAGACUUGAGGCUUUUGAAAAAUAUAUUCAAGAUCUUUCUCGCUCACGCAAUCGAGGGUUGAUGGUGAUCUCACUUCACUGCAAAGGAGAGUCUUCUAAAUCUGGAUUGGCAGGCAUGAAGGAGGUUGCUAAAGGUUACAAGAAAGGAGAUAGGGUUGGGUUUGCACAAUUCUGUCAGGGUAUUGAUCUUUAUGUAUGUCCUCAUAGUGACAGCAUAAUCACAGUACUUGCAAAACAUGGGUUCUUCAAGGGCAUGACUGCUGUUGAAGAUAACCGAGACUCCUUGAUUGGCUGCGUUGUGUGGAGACGAAAUCGAGUGUCUGCUGAUUCUGAUUCUGUUGUAAAGAAAUCUGAGAGGAUGAAACAUUCCCUGGCUGAUCAGCCUCUCAAUUCCUCUUCUGUCUCUUCUAGACAAAGGGUAGAUGAAAAAGGCAUUCCCCAGACAAAACCAGGUCAGGAACUCAUCCGAGUCAAAACCAGAACUGAUUGCAAAAUUCUUGGUAGUGCAGGAAAUGAUAAUGUUGAAUGCAAACUUAUUGAGACCAGUCAAGUUCAAACUGAACUACUUAAAUCUUCUGCAGUUGCUAGUCGUUCGCUGAUAUCUCCUUUGCUCAGCAAUUCAUCAUCUAUGUCCAAAGGACAUCAAGUUCCUUCUGCUACUGAUACUGCCUGUUCCUCUACCAUUUUAGGACAAACAUUGCAGGUUGAAGCUCCUGUAAUGCGCAGGCCCCAAGGGAAACCUAAACCAACUAUGGAAUUUCAUAGAGCCAUCUUGCAAUUGCCAUCUGAUACUGUGAAAGGACCUUUCUCUGCUCCUGAUGAUGAUGAUCUUCCUGAAUUUGACUUCGGAGCUGCAUGUGGGAUUUCACCUGCUCCAGCAAGCAAGAUGUUAGAUGCUGCUACAAUUGAGAAGAAACUUCCAGCUGAAAAUUAUAUGAAAAUUAAUAGGACAUUGCUGUCCAUGGUACCGACUAUGCAAUCAAUACCAGCUUCCAAUCAAAGAGGACAUGGAGAUUUUGGUUUGGGAAGGCUUCCACAUGAUGCCAUUCAGAGGAUGCAUCUGCAAAAAGAAGUUUGUGAAUAUGACAAGACUAUAGCCCUUCCAAACUUAGAAGAAAAAUGGGCUACCAAAACUAGUUUACCAGUAAGCACACCUGAUAUUCUCCGAUCAAAAAAUCUUUUUGAUGAUGGUGAUGACAUGCCUGAAUGGUGCCCGCCAAACGCAAAGCGGCACAGGCAUGUGGUUCCUGAAACAGCCAUGCCAUCAAGAGCUAUAUUGUCCUCUCAAAUUUCAAACUCAACUUCUGAAAGUUUCCCUCGUGGCCCUGCAAGUCACUUCUUCUCUCCUCCAUGUCCAGGUGCCUAUCUGCCUUCCUUUUCCCAGAAAUUCCCUCUUAUCAUUGGUCAGAAUGUGAAACCAGUAUCACCAAGACCCUGUAAUAAAGACAUGCUACAAGGUCACAAUCCCUUUAUGGGAUUCAGUUCUAAUCCUCUUUUGAGACCACCUCUUCACCCAUUUGAUGCUGAACUUCCAGUCCGUCCUGACGGUCGAAGCAGUUGGAGACCCUGAUAUUUAGAGAAGACUUGCAGAAGUGUGAACAUUGUAUAUAUGCUUCUCCUGAUAGAAAGACAUUUGCUUUCAUAGCUCUGUGAAUUUGUAUAGAGUUACUAGUUAGGCUACAGGUUUAUGUGCCUAGAAAAUUUGGAUCUUACAUCUGGUCAUGUUAUUUGAUAUUUUGCUUGCUUAACAUGGAAUCCCUCAAGUUGAAA